AUGGCAUUUCGUCUCCCAGAUCAGACGCCACAGAGACAACGCCCUUAUCCCAAGGCCGGUCGUGCUUCUACGACACCGCCAGAUGUACCCCAGCCCAACGCGAGGCCGGCCGAGGAGGACUCGCAGGAAUGGGUUCUAUUCUCUCCCGUAGAGGCCAGGUCCACGAUUACUCAUAGCAAUACCGUAUCUACUGAACGAACGCCUCGCACAGCUGGUCUGUCGCGGUUGAGCGACUUUGGAUCUUUGGAUACGGCCGCCCAGUCAUCAGGUCCGAUUCAUAAUGGGAGAAGUGACGUGGAAAUAGAUGAUGAACAGCAUCAGGAAGGAGUGCAGGAGGACGACAUUACGGAGCUGGAUAGCCUUGAUGACGGACUCCAUGCCUUUCGCGAACCACAGCUAGACCAAAGCGGAGGUCCAGCCUUACUACCUACUCAUGAUGGAUUGGGGACAUUCUCACCCUCUGGGCCGAACGUACAGGACCAGUUAUGGCAGCACGAACAGUUUAAUCCUAAGAAAAUUGGCGAAACGAGACAGAGAAGCGGCUCUAGCGUUCAGAGACAUCUCGAUAACGCCAAUGAAUCCCGAUGUAUGGGCAUAGGGAUGGAACGGGAGAGGUGGCAGAGAAUCGAGCAGUGGCGCAUGGAACAAAGUAAGGUUCUAUUAGAGGAGAUAGAGAGGGAGACCAGACGACGCAGACAGAAGAAGCGAAGAGCAAAGGGCAAAGGGCCUGCAACUACACAUACACUUCAAUCGACCACCUCAGAUGAUACCAUGUCCAAAAUGGACACGCCGCUUAAUAGCAGUCAGGCAGAGCUUGAUGCUGCUCUUGAUACGACCUCUAACGAUGAUACGGACUCAGAUGAAUCGUUCUGGCAACGAAUUACUCGCAGGGUGAUCAAUGGCCUGAUGGGAAUUGAUGACUCCCUUCUUGCCGUCAUAUUCGGCGAGUCGCUCAUCACCGAUAUUCCUGAAUUGAAUAAAUAUGCUUCAACGCAAAACAACACAAAGAAUUCCCGGGUUGUCACUGGAAACAAACGAGCUACCACAUCAGAAAUUGGCUGCUCUGGAAAUGUGGAUGAAACCAUUAAAAACGCGAUGAGCUCGUCCACGAGGAGUGACUGGUGGCAGGAACGCUUGCUUGAGCGAAUCGCCAGAGAACUUGGCAUUCUUGUCCAUCAAAUUUACGAACACCCUGGAGCAUUUACAGCGUAUAUGCGGACCAAUAUUGACCCUUCAUCGGAAUAUGCUGGCAUGCCCGUUACUCAACCCAUCACUACACCCACCAUAUCAGCCACUACGUCUCCGCAUGAAUCAUACUGCAGCCGCGAUAAUGCAUCCGUACAAUCUCCUACUUUUAUUCCAACUUUACAAGAUGCCGCUACAUCUAAACACGCUGCUCUCUGGGGCAUCGAAGAGGGCACACCAACACAAGGAACUGAGGUUAAUGAUCUACUAGAAUCUGAACGUCGAGAGCGUGAUCAUGAAUACUGGGAGCGAGAACUGAACAUCAAGAUGGUUUUCCGGUAUCUACGGAACCGCUUCGCUGCAUCGGCAACUGGAAACACCAACACCAGCAACAGCACCAAUACUGACUUUACCUCUCCGCAGCAUAAAGCUCAACGGCAGCGCCAAUACGAUCCCAUCCGCGCAGCCAUUAUCCGCCAGCAUCAUCCCCUAGUUGCUCGUGCAGAAGCAAACUCACGCUUCCGCCACCAUCAAUCUACGCGUAUCUACAGGCACCACCACCAUAUCCGUGGUACUGCCAGUUCGAGUUGUGCAAGCCAGAGCCAGAGCACACGCAAGUCUGUGUCAACUAAACGAACUAUCGCUGGCGGCAGUGGUUCCAGCAGACAUUAUUGGGAUAUUGGGGGCAGUGCUGGAAGUAGCAAUGCCCCGGUGGCCGUAGGCGGUAUGGGCAGCUGGGGAGACGUUUAA